UGUACGUUAACUGUACACAGACAAGAUGGCAGCUUCUUUGGAAGACGAGUUUGAAGAUGCGCCUGAUGUGGAGCCGUUAGAACCAACACUGAAGAAUAUCAUCGAGCAGAAAUCUUUGAAAUGGAUAUUUGUGGGGGGAAAGGGUGGUGUUGGUAAAACGACAUGCAGCUGUAGUUUGGCCGUCCAGCUUGCUGCUGUCAGGGAGAGUGUCCUCAUCAUAUCCACUGAUCCUGCUCAUAACAUCUCUGAUGCUUUUGACCAGAAGUUCUCGAAGGUGCCCACUAAGGUCAAGGGCUAUGAAAACCUCUUUGCGAUGGAGAUUGACCCAAGUCUGGGUGUGGCAGAGCUGCCCGAUGAGUUCUUCGAGGAGGACAACAUGCUCAGCAUGGGUAAGAAGAUGAUGCAGGAGGCCAUGAGCGCCUUCCCUGGUAUCGACGAGGCCAUGAGCUAUGCAGAGGUCAUGAGGUUAGUGAAAGGAAUGAACUUCUCAGUGGUGGUCUUUGACACUGCCCCUACCGGUCACACGCUGCGGCUGCUCAACUUUCCCACCAUUGUGGAGCGUGGUCUGGGCCGCCUUAUGCAGAUAAAGAACCAGAUCAGCCCUUUCAUCUCCCAGAUGUGCAACAUGCUUGGUCUAGGGGACAUGAACGCCGACCAGCUGGCCUCUAAGCUCGAGGAGACCCUGCCAGUCAUCCGCUCAGUCAGUGAGCAGUUCAAAGAUCCUGAACAGACCACCUUCAUCUGUGUGUGUAUCGCCGAGUUCCUCUCCCUGUACGAGACGGAGCGGCUGAUACAGGAACUGGCCAAGUGCCGCAUCGACACACACAACAUCAUCGUCAACCAACUUGUUUUCCCUGACUCAGAGAGGCCGUGUAAAAUGUGUGAAGCCCGCCAUAAAAUUCAGUCCAAGUAUUUAGACCAGAUGGAGGACCUUUAUGAAGAUUUCCACAUAGUCAAGUUACCGUUGCUACCCCAUGAAGUUCGAGGUGCUGACAAGGUCAACACGUUCUCAAAGCAACUUCUGGAACCCUACAAACCCCCAAAUAAGUGAUCUCCCUCCCUGCAGGACCUCCACUCUCCCUCCUACAGACCACACCUUUGCAGUCUGAACUCACCUCCUCUGAGAUCCCACCCCCCCAACCAGCCUCAAACCUCGCAGUAACAGCCUCAAGUUGAUCCACAGAGUCCUCUGCCCGUCAUCCAAAGUAGAGCACUGCUACAGCAAGACACGCCCUUAUUGAAGGGGAGCUGAUGAAAUCACAAACACACACAUACAUACAUAACCUGCUAUGUUGUCAGAGAGAUAAGAUGGUACAGAUUUGUGCUGCUUUCCUCUCGACUCACCUUCUCGGUCCUUCAUAUCCUCUGUGUGGCAGUUGUAUUAUUCCUACUCCAAAAGCAUUUAACUUUUUCUCUAAAGAACAAACUUCCCCCUCUUCAUCCUGCAGUGUCCAGCCUCAGUUGUGAAAACAAAGUGUUUCAAGUAACGUCGCUGUGUAUUCCAGGAUAAAACGGCUUUCAAAUGGUUGAUGUUUAUGGCUUGUUUAUUCUGUGUGGUUCGGUGGCUGUGUCUGUCCUCCAGUGUGACCAAAAUUUAAUGCAAAUUCAUCUCUCACUUAUUGGGGAAUUUACAUGAAAAUUUCAGGGUGACCUCAAUACGCUCAGAGCAGUUUGUAGUGCAUCUUCUACCAUUUGUCAAAUCAUUAGACCACCCCUCGCCAUGUGAUCCUGGUGAAAAGGCAGUAACCUAAUGUGACUGAGAUUUUGAAUCAAGUCAUACUGGGAGCUUUACAUCCAUACAUGGCUAUUAAUUGUUUGAGCUGGACAGUCUUAAUGGCCUCUGUUAAAUAUUUUAGGCCACUGUGUUUGCUUCAGGUGGUAUGUGUUUGGAGACGGCACAAGUUAUGACAUUCAAAGGCAAAGUAUUUGAUGAGACGCUUGAUGUUUGAAUCGCCAUAAGCUGUAAGAGUUUAUUAUUGAUACCAGCUUCCCAUAUAGUGCUCACAAAAGUCCUCAAACUCUUCUCUUUGACAUUUUGUGUCCAUCCUGUUUACUGAGAACUAUAUGGGAACACUAUUGAAAUACAUUACAAUAGCCUUAUUUAGUGCAUUGUUAAUUCAAAAUAUACUGAAUGUUGAACAAAUGAAUGGUGAUCAACACCUCUUUGCCCUGGUCAUUGAAUGCUGGACUUUUAUGGCUCGCCUGAUGCUUUUCUGUUAUCCAACAGAAAGAUAGAUGAUAGAGGUUAAUGCAUCCUCCAAGGAAAACCAUUAUUACCCCCUCUCUGUCACUGAAUGCUUUUGAGUCCAAACAAAUCUGUUUUCUAUAGAUUUUCUUUAAAUUAUGUUGCGAGUGUUAAUUAAAACAAACUUGCCUAAGA